CUCAUGACCGAAACGCCACUAGUGGGCUCUUAUCUUGAGGUUUGUGUAAUUUUACAGCGAGCGAAUUCUGCUGUUGUGUUUUAAUAAUCAAGUAUAUAUAGAUAUAUGUUUAUUUCAAAGGCAGGCGUAGGUAUUAAGGUACAUUUGUGUUGUAACGAGUCGUCUUUUCUACAUUUUUUUGCUGCUGUCAUUCACGAUUCUGUUGGUGUUAUACUCUGUUUACUUAUUACCAUAUAAACUUCACUAAAGUUUCAACAACAGUUUUACCAAUCAGAGCAGUGGGUGGACACUUUAAAGCACGUACAGACGGCUAAGGGUGACCUGGUUAGUCUUCACUUGAUCUUUGCGGUCUGCGACUCCCCCGUAUCGCUCUGCAAACAUGUCAAGUAUCGGCAGGCUGUCGACCAAAGGCUCGGUGCUGCUGCUGUGUGACAUACAGGAGAAGUUCAGACCCACUAUUUUCCAGUUUACAAACAUUGUGAGCAAUGCCUCAAGAUUGCUACAGGCAUGUCGAAUCUUAAGCAUCCCUCAGAUUUUAACCGAGCAGUACCCUAAAGGUUUGGGCCCCACUGUUCCUGAGCUGGGGGCCGAGGGCUUGAAGCCUCACACAAAGACCAGUUUCUCUAUGCUGACGGAGAGCGUGCAGAGCUCACUCAAAAGCCUGGGAGACCCUCAGCAGGUCAUAUUGUGUGGCAUCGAGGCGCAAGCAUGCAUUGCGUGCACAACCUAUGAUCUCCUGGAGCGAGGCAUGGAGGUUCAUAUUGUAGCAGAUGCCGUCUCUUCUCGAAGUCAGACUGAUCGUCUUUUUGCACUGUCACGACUGAAGCAGAGCGGGGCGUUUCUUACCACUACAGAGGGAGUUUUAUUACAACUAGUGCAGGAUGCCAAGCACCCCAACUUUAAAGAGAUCCAGAAGCUCCUGGCUCACCCCUCCCCUGAUACAGGCCUGCUGGCCCUCUUCAGCUCUCUGUAGGGCCAGUCACAGACCGCACCCUGCAGACAUAAUUACAUCAAUUACUAGAAAUCAGCACAAACCGCUUUCUGAACCUGUUAAGAGUCCUGUGAGCUCUGAGCAUUUGCAUAUCGAAAUAAAAGUACAUACAAAGAAACACGGA